GGUUUGCCUUGCGGAGACAAAUGAUGAACUCUAUGGAUCCUCAUUCUUCUUUGCUUAACAACAGCCUCAACCAAAUCUGAGAGGAACAGAAAACGAAUUUCGAAUCUUGUAGAAUAAUAAUAAUACCCGAGAAAGUAGUAAAAAACAAGCUUUUGGUGUUUUUUUUCCUACGGCGGCGAGGGAAUAUGAGCGCCUCCAGAUUCAUAAAAUGUGUAACUGUCGGCGAUGGAGCCGUCGGAAAGACCUGCCUGCUGAUAUCUUACACCAGCAAUACUUUUCCUACGGACUAUGUACCAACUGUUUUCGACAAUUUCAGUGCAAAUGUUGUUGUGGAUGGCAACACGGUCAACAUAGGAUUAUGGGAUACUGCCGGUCAGGAGGAUUACAAUAGAUUAAGACCGCUGAGUUAUCGUGGGGCGGAUGUCUUUAUUCUUGCAUUCUCUCUCAUCAGCAAGGCCAGUUAUGAAAAUGUCUCCAAGAAGUGGAUUCCUGAAUUAAAGCAUUACGCGCCUGGUGUUCCGAUAAUACUCGUUGGAACUAAGCUUGACCUUCGGGACGAUGAGCAAUUCUUGGCAGACCAUCCGGCUGCAGUGCCUAUAUCCACAAUUCAGAAUGUGAAGUCAGUCUUUGAUUCAGCGAUCAAGGUAGUGCUCCAGCCUCCUCAAAAGAAUUGUAAGAAGAAAAAGUCAUAUGCUGGCUGCUCAAUUUUAUGAUCAAUACAACAUUCAAGUUUUACAAAGAUGGAGAACCUGCCAACUUCUUCUCACUGUCAGGUUUUUUUUAUUCUUUUUUUAUUUUUGGGUCUAAUUCAAGGAAGCAGUAAGCCCAUCAUGUAUAUAGUCUCAAACUGAAAUUCUAGGGAUUUCUUUGAAAGUAUUAUCAGGUGGUAUGUUUCGUGUUUUAGUUAUUUUUUUAAUGAUUUGUGUGUAUUUGAUGACAAGCAUUUGUUCCUUGUU